AUGGGUGAUAUAGUUGCUGCUGACGAUUCUGUCAGUGACAAAAAGGAUUGUCUAAAAUCGAUUAUUGACUGUCAAAAUAAUACAACAACAACAGCAACAGAAAUUGAAUUAUUGGUUUGUUCGUCUACAUCUGGAACUGGAGGGAAAGAGCUUGGUCAGCGAACUUUAAGGUCCUUGAAACGAGGAUUGGGAAGAAUAUGGAAAAGACACAGAGGCAAUGCCUCGAUCACUGAAUACGAUCCUUGUUACAAGGUCGCUUAUCUUGGCAAUGUUCUCACUGGAUGGGCCAAAGGUGAGGGCUGCGUUGAAAAGCCUAUUUCAACGUUGUGGCGUAAUUACGUCAGUAGUAACAGGCCAGACGUUACGAUGAGACUAACAGUUACAAAUGGUGGUUUGACGGCGACUACUAAGGAUCAUGGAUUAACCGAAUAUUGGGCCCAUCGCGUUACUUAUUGUGCCGCUCCUGUAUCACACCCCAGACUCUUUGUAUGGAUUUAUAAGCACGAAGGGCGACGACUCAGGCCUGAAUUGAGAUGUCAUGCAGUCCUCUGCUCCAAAGAAUCCACUGCAAAAAGACUUGCAUCGAUAUUAAACACACGACUACAUCAAGCAUUAAUUGAAUUUCGUCGAGACAAAGUUUCACGGCAAAAUGCUAGGCUCUCGUUGGCAAAUUCAGUUUAUGAAAAUCCCUCACUUCCACGUAGAAAAAUAUUACUGAGUACAGGUGGACAAAACUACAGGCCGCCUCUUGAAAGAUCUAAAAGCGCUCCAAAAUUAUCAGCCAUCGAAGAAGACUCGGUUGCUGAAGAAAUUGAGCAGAAGCGAUUACUUGAAGAAUUGAGGUCAUUGGAGAAUGUAGCACGUUGUUGGGAAGACCAGGAUGGUUGGCGAUUGGCACGACUGGUUGAUGCUUUGAAUCGUGCCGGCGCCUCAAGCGAAUAUUUGGACGAAAAUGCAAGUAUAUCAAGCGGAUGUGAGACAGCAAGUACGUCAAACAGCGAAGAGAGAGCUCUUGGUAUUGAUGAUCCCAAUAAUGGGAUUGUUGACCCCGAAUCACGAUCUGGGAUUUCUAGAAUUUUUAAUAGAAGAAGAGUAUUAUUUACCGAUUCUGAUCCUGAAGAUCAUAUAAUACAAUCAUCAGCUCCUUCCAAUAACGAUGUAAAAUCAGACAAUGAAUUUUGUUCAUCAUCAUUAUGUUCAUCAUCAUCAUCAACAUCAUCAUCAUCAUCAUCAUCUUCUUCUUCUUCUUCUUCUUCUUCUAAUUGUUGUUCAACUUCUUCUCCGUGUUCUUCCUUGUCGUCCUCUAGUUUAAUCGGUUGUUCAGUAGGAAAUAAAAGGUUUAUUAAUUGUGGUAGAACUAUUGGUAACAGAAAAGUUUACUCAUCGAUUAUUGUUGAAGACGGUGAUGAUUUAAUGCCAGAAGAUAAUCAAAAAAGCAAAACAAUUAAUCAGUCUUCUAAUCCGGUAUUUGAAUUUGAAGAUAACCAAGUAUUUAAUGAGGUCGUCGACUACAGACCCCAUGGUGGAGAAAGUUCUGCUGGUGGAUUGGAAAAUACUAAAACCGGAAGGAGGAUGGAAGUGAAAGCAGCUUCACCAGAAACAAUCAUACCGCCAACAACACCACCAGACGAAUUAUAUUCAACUAAUCCUAAUGUUUUAGUUGUUGCUGUUGAUGAUAAUGAUCAAACAGAUAAAUUAUUUAAAAAAAUAACAACAACUCCUAAAAAAACAUCUUUUAUUACUCUUGAUUCUUUAGACGAAGAAGAAGCUGAUAGUGAUGAAAGUGGAUAUGUUGAAGCACCACCAAAGGCUCUUUUAGAUAUAAAUAACGAUUCUUCAUCAGAUAAAUUUAUUGAUAGUAACAAUGAUUUAUCAAAAAAAAAUAAUAUUCAAUCAGAUAAAAAUUAUUAUUUAUCAUCUAAUCAAGCUAAUGAACCAUCACAAUUAUUAUUAAAUGAUAAUACUCGAUCAGAUGAAAAUAUCACUAAUAAAAUGAUAAAUAAUUGUAAUAAAAUUAUUCAAGACUCUAUUUUAAAACACAAAGAUAAUAAUGGUAAUAGGGAAAUAGUUGAUUAUAUAACUUGUCCAAUAUCUGAAACUAUCAAAAAACUAGCAAACGCAUCACUUAAAAAUUCUAAAUCUAUUGAUUUAUCAAAAAAUAAUUGUCUUAAAGCAUUGAAUACAUUUAGACAUACCAAAUCAUUUGAUGGAAUUAAAACACCGAUAAAUUAUGACAACGAAUCAUCUCCCAGUCUUGAUCAACGAAAGCAAUUACUCGCUAAACAAGGAGUUAAAGUUUAA